GAGCAGGCAACUUCAGAUUAGAGAGGGGGCAAGGGCGAGCCGGUUCACGUGAAACGAAAUCUAGUACCUACCAAACAAAUACAGUCUUCACUGUUGAAAUUCUGAAAGGAAAACACAAGAAGACUUAUCUGUGUUUCUACUGUGCAAAAGUUUAUAUUGCGCGAAAAUGAAUGAACUCGGUGGACUGAGCAAUAUUGUUUGGAUUGAAUAAAAGUGUGCAUUAUCAUACUUGAAAAACAGAACAGACUGCAGAGAGCUAUACAAAACGAAGCAAACAAGUUAAAAACGCUGUAAAAUGACCACGGAAAGGGGAAACGCUGUACAGCCUGGAUAAUUCUGUCUACCCUAGAAAUGCGUUUGGUAUUUGCAGCUCCCAAUGCGGAACGAGUUAUCCAAGCAGGGGAGUUAAUUCCUGGAGCGUUUAGCUACAAAGCAACAAAGCAGCGGGGUACAAUUCACAAAUAACAAUUGAGGAAAGAAACAGAGACAAGAGCAUUCAUUUAUGGUGAACGGGGAAUAACACGGUCUUCCUGGAAUUAAGCAAAAGAAAAGGGGAGUGGACAAAAAACUGAAACAGCCCCGGAGACAGAGGAAAUCUGAAAAACGUGCAACUUCAGACUUCUGACAACAUUGGUGUCUGCAGCCUAAAACAGGGACGGGACCUGAAAUGUGAGUUAACUAAAACAAAGCCACUGUGAGUGGACGUGUUAAGCCAUUUAGAAAAGCACAUUAUUUAUGCAUUGCAUUGAACGGCUGGAUGUUAUAACACUGAUCUAUAAUCGCAUACAGGGAGGAAAGGCUAUUUAAACAAACAAACAAAAAACCGGCAACAUCGACCAGGUGUUUUGUUGAAAACCAAAAAUACAUUUGGUGCUGAGGAAAGCCUUUUUCAAAGAUGGGUAUAUAAAUGAACUGCGACCCUAUGUAUACGCAAAAUAGUUUGGAAAAGUGCAUGUUAAUGUUCCAAUUGUUGAUUCCCGUGUUAUUGUUGGCGUGUAUUGUUGCUAAUGCCGAGCUGUCAAUAACUUGGAUUACCCGAAUCUAACCUGAACAUCUGCAUGUGAUGCUAAAUACUCAGAACUCUUUAUACUUUAAACUAUCUUGGUCGCGCGGCUGUUUUUGACAGUGCGGAAUAUACCCUCAGUAACAAUUCAAUUCAACAUUCUAAUUGCAUUUGGAAUUUUAUUAGCCUAUCAUAAUAAUAUGAUAAUAAUAAUAAUAAUAUCAAUUGCUUGAAUUUGAUUAUGGCGCUUAAGCAAAGUUUUAAAAGUCAAGGAGAGAAGCAGCAAAAGGUGAUGGAUACGAAUUAGGAAACAUAUUGUCCCCAGGCAAAAGCCGAACGGGAAAACGCACAUAAUUUAUUCUUUAUUCUGAAAUCACUCUACGUACAAAUCAAUCGUGCGAUAAGAGAGUUUUUAAAAGGAAAGAAACACAUUACAGUAGUUGAUAAAAGCUUAGUUCUGCAUUGCAAACAUUGUAUUUGCAAUGAUGAGUACCAAUAUCGUGUAUGAAUGGCUGAAGACUCUCCACCUCUGUCAGUACGUGGAAUCCUUUGUGGAUAACGGCUAUGAUGAUUUGGAAGUGUGUAAGCAGAUUGGGGACCCUGACCUGGAUGCUAUCGGGGUCUUCCUGCCUCAUCACAGGAAUAAAAUUCACGAUGCAGUGAAGAGGUUAAAAGAAGAGGAGAAGGAGACGGCUACAGGACUGUACUUUACCCUGGAGCCUCAGAUACCCCCCACUCCGGGAAUCUACACCUGCCACAUGAUGGAGCAAUACGAGUCCAAAGUGAGGGGGGCCACAUCAAGGACUGAGGUCGCGAGGGUCGGGAGGAACCCUGGAUAUUGGGGUACAAGCAGGAACCACCAUCUUGGUACUUCCAAAGAGCUGGUCACGUACCCCAAACUGAAGCUGAAGAUCAUGAUCAGAGAUAAACUUAUCAGAGAUGGAAUAAACCUCAGUAAGCCACCAUAUUCUAACAAGGAUGGUUCAUUGGGAAACAUUGAUGACCUGGCCCAGCAGUACUCUGAGUAUUACAACACCUGCUUCAGUGACGUAUGUGAGAGGAUGGAGGAGCUACGCAAACGCAGAGUGUCACAGGAAAUUGACGUGGAGAAACCCGAUGCCAGCCCCACAUCGCUCCAGCUCCAGUCACAGAUUGAAGAGUCUUUUGGCUUUAGCAGCACAGUGUCCACACCAGAGACAGAGAGGAAGCUGUCCCUUCACAAGUCAAGCUCUGAAGAUGGAUCAGUAGGAAAGGGGGACUGCAAGAAGAAAAACAAGUCUUUCUGGCAGAAUUUUCGCAAGUCACAGAAGGGAGUCAUGCGGCAGACUUCAAAAGGAGAGGACAUUGGGUAUGUGGCCAGCGAGAUCACAAUGAGUGAUGAAGAGCGGAUCCAACUCAUGAUGAUGGUGAAAGAAAAGAUGAUAACUGUGGAGGAGGCCCUGGCCAGGUUGAAGGAGUAUGAGACCCAGAGCAGACAGUCCAGCAGUACUGACAAUGCAGAAUGGGUCGAUGGAUCCAAUCCAAAUGUAAAUGAGUCCUCAAACUGCAAUUCCCGAGAGCAGUCUGAUGAUGAAACAGAAGAGUCAGUGAAGUUUAAGCGGUUGCACAAGCUGGUGAAUUCCACCCGCAGAGUGAGAAAGAAACUGAUUAAAGUGGAAGAAAUGAAAAAGCCCAGCACAGAAGAUCUGUGUUUUGAGGGCUCCCCCACGUGUGAGUCCAGCUCUGCGCUCUACACUGGGGUGCAGAAGAAACCCCAUCUCCCACAGGAGGAUUCCUUAUCUCCCCUGCACCAGCUCUCCCUAGAGGAGGACUCAUGCAGCCUGACUACCUCGCCAUCCUCCAGCAGCCUGGACACCUGGUCGGGCCACAAGCUGGUCAAGACCUUUGGCAAGUCCAGCAGCAGUCAUGCCCUUAUCCGGCCGUCCAAGAAAUCUGGAAGUGGCUCUUCCUUUUCCUCUGGAGUAGAGGGUUGUGGCGAGGAGGACCAGGUUCAGAAGGUGUCUCGCUCCAUGACAGAUGGCGAGAUGAGGAAGGCCUUGAGCCCGAUAAACCAUGGGGUAAGUAGCAAGAGCAUUUACGGCUUUUAUGGCAUGACCAGGCCCCGGCACCGCUUGCUGGUGUCCCUAGAGGAAAUUCAGAACGUCAAGAAGCAGGUGCGUCUCAAGAAAAUGGACACCUACUCCUAUUCAAGGCACGUGCCUUUGCCCUCCCUAGCUCACAACGACCUCCAGCUCUUCCGGGAGAAAGCUAAGGGGAAUGGCAGCGGAAGCAUGGGCUGCGGCUUUCCUAACCGCAAGCUGAGGGGUCGGACAGCUGUUAGUGAGUUUAACAUCACCUACGUGGUGGAAAGGAGCCUCUAUGGACACUUGAACUGGUCCGAGCUGGUACGGCCGGUGGCGGACAGGACACUGAGCAAAGCUGACCGGCAUGACCUCCGGCGCUGCCUGCUAGAGGAAGAGGGGGAGGCUGACAGGAAGUGGGCGGCAACCGUGGACCGUUGCACGAAAAGGGUGCUCUUGCGCAUUCAGCAGAAGUCUAGAACCUGUAGCUUUGGAGGGUUUGAUUUGACAAAUCGAUCACUUCAAAUCGUAAACAAUGGCUCUGAACAAACAGAGGCAAUAUACAAGGAAGUAGUGAAGUCUCCCACCACAUCCCGGUUAUCUCUUGGUAAGAAAGUGAAGUCUGUGAAAGAGACGAUGAGGAAACGAAUGUCCAAGAAGUACGGCAGCCCCCUGUCUGAACAGGAGUCGAGUCCUGAUUGGAUGCCCAGUUCCCCUCAGUCCCCGCAGCCAGGCACAGAUCCGCUGGAGAAGCCCAAGCUAAAGGCCGGAGGGUCUGUGGAGAGCCUGAGGAGCUCGCUUAGUGGGCAGAGUUCAAUGAGCGGUCAGACGGUGAGCACAACAGACUCUUCUGCCAGCAACAGGGAGAGUGUGAAGUCUGAAGACGGUGAUGACGAGGAGCCCUCCUACAGGGGUCCAUUCUGUGGCCGAGCCCGGGUCCACACAGACUUCACUCCCAGCCCAUACGACUCGGACUCCCUGAAACUCAAGAAAGGAGAUGUCAUUGACAUAAUCAGCAAGCCUCCCAUGGGCACCUGGAUGGGUCUGCUGAACAACAAGGUGGGGACGUUUAAGUUCAUCUAUGUGGACGUGCUGAGCGAGGAAGAAGAGAAGCCCAAGCGGCCUGUCCGGAGAAGGAGGAAGGGCCGCCCCCCCAAACCCAAGUCAGUGGAAGAUCUCCUGGAGCGCAUCAACCUCAAGGAGCACAUGCCAACUUUCCUCUUCAAUGGCUAUGAGGAUCUGGACACUUUCAAGCUGCUGGAAGAGGAGGAUCUGGAUGAGCUGAACAUCGGCAACCCUGAACACAGAGCCGUUCUGAUGACUGCUGUGGAGCUGCUGCAGGAAUACGACAGUAAUAGUGAUAUGGAGAAAAGCGCUCACUCAGGCUCCCAGGAGAAGCUCCUGUCAGAUGGGCAAGGCCUGACUGGGGAGUCUCCCCGUGACUCUGGCUGCUACGAGAGCAGUGAAAACCUGGAGAACGGUAAGAUCAGAAACAGUCUGCUGUCCACCAAAUCCUCUGCAGAAGCGGAAUCAAACAGCCACCAGUUGGUCAACUACCCCACCCUUCCACUGACAAAAUCCACUGAGGCCCUGCAGCAUAACAAGGAGUGCAAGUUCAGCAAGCGGCAUUUCCCCAAGCCUUCAGUCAAGUCCUUCGACAUCCUCAGCUUGAAAAAGAACCGCUGCAGUCUGCUGGUGCCUGCGAGCCGCAGCUGUGAGAAUCUGGGCGGGCAGCAGUUGGCUCAGGACCUGUGGAAACGCUCCCACUCACUAGGGGAUCUCCAUAGUGAGCAGGGCUCUGAGAGCAAGAAAAUCCACAGCUUGGAGUUCAAAGUGGCUAGGCCCAUCAGUAUUGAUGCAGACACUUUGUGCGACCAGGGCAGCAGAAGGCAAUCUCCCAGCACUACCACAGGGGGAGAAACUGAACUGAACUCACCAGUGAGUCCAAUAAAACUAGAUACAAACUGUGGCCCUCAGUCGCAUGUAGCUUUAGAGAACUCCAUAAUCGUGAGUGAUUCACAGCUCGCCAGGACUGACCUAGAAGGACCCAGAAGCCCAGUCCCCCAAGAGCAAGCCCCUGAGAAGAACGAAGUGAGGUACGACACAAAGACACAUUCCAAAAAGCCAUUGCAGCCACCUCCAGUCCCUGCCAAGAAAUGCAGGGAACGCUUCGCUAAUGGCCUUUAUCAUCCAACCUUAAUCCUCCCAAACCCAGAUGCACUUUCUUUACCCUUAAAGGCCAGUCCUUCUAGUCCAAUUGACUGUGGACCACCCUGUGCCUCCCCCGAGGAGGAGCCAGGCACCCCCCCAGCAACACGGCCACCUUGGCUCUCUGAUCUCCCAGAGACAGCUUGUCUCCAGAUGCACGGUGUCAGACGAGGCCCAGCCUCGGGAAGGAAGAUCCCCCACACAAGAGUGGCUGACCUAGAAAUGCUGCUUGAGAAAAGGUUAGAGUCUGAGGGGAUCGAUCUCACCGAGGAGCCUUAUUCAGACAAGCAUGGUCGUUGCGGCAUUCCAGAAUCCCUGGUGCAGAGGUAUGCUGAAGACCUGGAGCAGCCUGUUAAAGAUGUGGCUUCAAACAUGGACCAAGUUCGGGUGAAGCAGCUUCGGAAACAGCACCGCAUGGCAAUCCCCUUUGGAGGUCUUACUGAAAUCUGCCGGAAGCCUGUGUCUCCUGGACAGCUCAGCUCAGUCUCUGAUUGGUUGGUUUCUAUCGGACUGCCCAUGUACUUAAACUUGUUUACAGCAGCAGGAUAUGACACGCUGAACCAAAUAGCCUCUCUGGCAGAGACUCAUUUCCGGGAAGCUGGCGUCAAGGAGGAACGGCACGUUAACAGGCUGUUAGCGGGUGCUAGGCUGGUGCAGCCCAACGAUGCUCGGUUAUAAAACACGACUUCGCCUUUUGUUUUUUGUUUAGUUUUCCUUUCCAGUGUUUACUUCAACACCUGACUGCCAAGUUUAAACAUUUUUGUAAUGUUUCCUUUAGAAACAAGUUCAGUGCUUGCUCAACUGGGAAGAUGGUGAACUGCCUUGUGGGUUAAUAAAAGUACUUAACUUGGGUCUCUCUUGCUUGCUGUAGUACUAGUAAGCAACAAGAGGUGUUAGCUAGGCCAAAUCAACCUUCCUACUUAGUUUACAACUUUUGUGGUUCCAGCUAGUUAAACAAAGCUGUUGAUACAGUACUAAUUAUCCUGUGUCUGCAAGGAAUCAACUAUAUUGUCUUGCUAUAUACAAUGCGUUUUUAUUUUGCCUUACAAACAAAUAUGUAAAAUCAAUUUAGUGAAUACUUACACACAUAACCAGCUGUUUUAAUUAUCAGAAUAUACUGCAAAAAAAUCCAUCUACUUCUGAUUUUACUUAGAUUGUUUUCAAUGUAUGAGCUACUUGUGAUGUAUCUGUUUUAAUAUGUGUGUAUAUUAGUUUUAUUCUGACUUUCAUAUUGUCAGUGUUCUACAGUGAAGCUGUGCGUUCAGACAUGGCAAAUCUGACAAGGUUUCCAAUGUUUAGAGAAUUAAUUUAGCUGACUAAAUUCUACUGAAUUAAUAACAUGUAACCUUGGUGCCGCAGAUAUUAAAGUAGUUUACUGUAGAA